AUGAAUAAUAUAAUGAAGAAGGUGCAGGACACAGUGGAAUUAGCUUUAUUUUUUGAUGCAGAAUGCAACUAUUUUUAUAGUGUAGUGACAAAGAAUUACCAGCACAUCUUGGCCUUGGCGUAUGCAGUAAAGGAGAUAAAUGAAAACCCUCAGAUACUACCGAAUGUCACUUUGGGCUUCCACAUCUAUGACAGCUAUUUCAAUUCCAAGAAGACCUAUCAUGCCACAAUGCUACUUAUGUCCACACCAGAGAGGUUUGUUCCCAACUACAUAUGUGGCAUCCAAAGUAAUCUAACAGCAGUGAUCGGGGGACUGGACUACCGAAUUUCUGGUCUUGUGGCAGAUAUCUUGCAUAUAUAUAAGGUUCCACAGCUUCUCUAUGGCUCUGCUCCAGAGAUGGAAGAUAAAACCACAGGAGCUUCCUUCUACAAAAUGACCCCUGAGGAAACCCUUCAGUACACAGGGAUUCUUUCUUUAUUACUGCAUUUCAGGUGGACAUGGAUUGUAAUCGCUGCAAUGGAUAAUGAUAAUGGAGAAAGGUUUCUGCAAAUUGCAGUUCCACUGUUUUCCCAGAAUGGUAUAUGUUUUGCCUCCAUUGAAAGAGUUCCUAUGAAAAUUGCACUCACUGAACUUAAUGACCUGCUAACAUGGGGAGCAAAAAUACGUGACAAACUCAUGGAUAGUAAAACCAAUGUAGUAGUGUUCUAUGGAGACUGUAACUCCAUGGUAUAUUUAAGAUGGCUCCCAUAUUUAUCGGAACAGAAAAAUGCAACAAAUUUACUAAGUGGUAAAGUAUGGAUUAUGACAGCCCAGAUGGAACUCACAUCAUUUCUCUAUCAAAGAGACUGGGACACAGGAAUAAUCCAUGGUUCUCUCGCCUUCACAAUUCACAGCAGUGAACUACCAGAAUUCAAGCCAUAUAUUGAGAGCAAAAAUCCUUCUAGCACAGAAGGUGAUGGUUUUAUCAGGGACUUCUGGCAGCAGGCCUUUGCCUGUGUAUUCCCAAACACUGAGGCAGAUGGGAAUAUUUGCACAGGGGAAGAGAAUAUUGACAGUCUUCCGGCACCAUUUUUUGAAACAAGCAUAACUGGCCACAGCUACAACAUCUACAAUGCUGUCCAUGCUGUGGCCCAUGCUUUACAUGCCAUGACCUCAUACAGAGUCAAAUACAGCAAAAGAGCACAGGAGGGACGACUGAAGCCUCAGAAACAACAGGUGUGGCAGCUCCAUCAUUUUUUGAGACGUGUUUCAUUUAACAACAGUGCUGGUGACAAAAUUGCUUUUGAUCAUAAUGGGCAGUUACUAGCUGGAUUUGAUUUUAUCAACUGGAUUGUUUCCUCAAACCAAACCUUUCACAGGGUGCAAGUGGGAAGUGUGGAUCCAGAGGCUGUUCCAGACAAAGCCUUCACCAUCAAUGAAGAUGCCAUAACCUGGAACAACUGGUUUAACCAAGCACAGCCACUUUCUGUAUGUUGUGAGAGUUGCCACCCUGGUUCAAGCAAGAAAGUGAAGGAGGGAGGGCCAUUUUGCUGCUAUGAUUGCAUACCUUGUCCAGAAGGGAAGAUUUCAGACCAAGAGGAUAUGAAUGACUGUAAUAAAUGCACAGAUGAAAAGUACCCAAGCAAGAAUCAAGAUAAAUGCAUUCCCAAGAUUGUAACUUUCUUGUCUUAUGAAGAACCUUUGGGGCUCAGUCUAGGUUGCAUUGCUCUUUCCUUUUCUUUGAUAACAGCUCUGGUGCUGGGGACAUUUAUGAAGCACCAUGGCACUCCCAUCAUCAUUGCCAACAACAGGGACCUCACCUACACUCUCCUCGUCUCCCUCCUGCUCUGCUUCCUUUCUGCAUUCCUAUUCAUUGGUCAGCCUCAGAAGCUGACGUGUCUCCUCCAACAAGCUGUUUUUGGCAUCAUCUUCUCGGUGGCUGUUUCUUGUGUGCUGGCCAAAACUGUCACAGUGGUAUUGGCUUUCAUGGCCACCAAACCAGGUUCCAGAAUGAGAAAGUGGGUGAGGAAAAGUCUGAGCAACUCUAUUGUUCUUUUUUGUUCCCUUAUGCAGGCUGGAAUCUCUACCACAUGGUUGGCAACCUCUCCCCCCUUCCCAGAUGUGGACAUGCACUCUGUGACUGAAGAAGUUGUUCUGGAAUGUAAUGCAGGGUCUGUAACCAUGUUUUACAGUGUCCUGGGCUACAUGGGCUUCCUGGCAAUUGCCAGCUUCACUGUGGCUUUCUUUGCCAGGAAACUACCUGAUAGUUUCAAUGAAGCCAAGUUCAUCACUUUCAGCAUGUUGGUCUUCUGCAGUGUGUGGCUAUCCUUUAUUCCAGCUUAUAUAAGCUCUAAGGGCAAAUACAUGGUUGCUGUGGAGAUCUUCGCUAUCUUAGCCUCCAGUGGUGGUCUUCUGGGUUGCAUCUAUCUUCCAAAAUGCUAUCUUAUUGUGUUGAGGCCUGAGCUGAACAACAGGGAACAUCUCAUAAGGAGAAAAUUGUGAAGAUUCUUAUGAAGAGGAAAGUGGUGUCCAUUGAGCUUUUAGCAGGUUUUAUUGAAAUUCAGAAGCCCUUAUAUAGAGUUUGGAAUUCUGUGCUCACCAUAGAUGGACAAAUCUUCCCUUUUUUUGAAGGACAGCCAUUCAUAAAUAUAUGUUCCAUGUCAUUCUUUCUAAAUGCAAUAUUUUUUCUCAAUCUCUGUGAUUAUGUUCACUCAUUAGUUAUAUUUUUUAAAUAGAAACUUCAUGGCUGGGGAGGGUUCUGAUUUGCACCACAACAAAGCUGGAGUAAAUUAGUUUCAAAGCACUAUAUCCCUAGUUUUUAUUGCUCCAAUCCCACUCAGGUUUCUUGCAACAUGGAGGAAUUUAGAGGUGCUCUGCUGCAUGUUUCCCCUCUUUGGUCAGGUAUCAAUAAAUUCAGUAAACAGCACUGAAGAAAACAAAGCAGUAGACUGCAAUGUGUAAAUGUGGGAUAUAAGUUCCUUUUCACCCCGCCACUGUUCUACCAAAUCUAUAGAAACCCAUUUCCACCCGCCCCCCCUCCACCAUAUAUUUUAACUUGAAUGAAUGAAUCUUUAUUUGUGUCAGCCAUCAGCCAUAACAAUAAAACAACAAUACGAUAUACAAAGAAUAGAAAUACAAAUAAAAAGUUGAUUAUAUAAAAUACAUUUUAGGGUUUUGAAUCAAUAGUCAAGUAGCAGAUCUUAUUCUAAUUGCCCCAGUUAAAAACCUUGCAACCUUUUCUGUCACCUGCUCAUCUUGAUCUGCCAAGAGAAAGGAUAGUGUGGCAGUGGCUGGGCAACCCAGAAUGGACAAUAAAGAGGGGUGAUAACCUCAUUCCUCAAGUCUUUAUAAAGAGUGCAAGCCAGAAGGACAUGUGUCACUGAUUCAGUACUGCCAUCUCCACAGGAACAUAAGCGUUUUUCGUGUGGAAACUGUUGAAAUUGUCCCUCAAGUACAGCCACGGGCAAUACAUUCAAUCUUGUGAGAGUAAAAGCGCAUCUAUGUUUUACAGUUGCUAGGUUAUGCAGAUAGGGUGCCAGAGAAUCAAAUGGGAAGGUUGAAAAUAGUCAUACCACGGGCAAAAUUUCCAUAUUGUGGCCACGUUUUUCUGGUGCUCGAUAUCAUUUAGGCACAGACAAAUUAGACUGUUUGCUUUACUAAAACCCGAAGUGAGUAGCUGUUGUGGUGAUAACCCACAAGAGUGAAGUUUUUGAUAGACAAUUUUAGACCAGGCACACUUGUGACAAUCUUGCAGCACUAGGGAUAUUAGACCAGAGGGAUUUGAGUUUAGGCAAAGCCAAUAGUUAAGUGUCCUGUGCCAGAUCCGUAAUUCUACCGAGGGAAGAUUAGCCUCUAGGUGUAAUGAUGCGUUUGGGACAUAGGGUGGUACUCGAUACUGAAAAUCUUAUUUUAAUCCACCAGUACCUGUGGUAAUUUAAGUGUGGUUCCAAAAGAGCAUAGACACCUCUUUUUGAAAGUGAAUUAAUCAAAUAUUUAUUUCAAUUUUACAAAACAAUUAUUUAAAAAUGGAUGGUUAUGUUUAAUGAAAAGGAUACAAUGUAAAAACAACAGCUCUCAAUUCAGUUAUUAUAAUUCAGAAUGUUUAAUAGGCUGCUGUUUCUUUAACAAAAAGGGGAAUAGCUUUGACAGUCUCAUUCCCCACCAUUCAGAUCAAUAGCCAAUUACACUGACUCAAUUCCAUUUAACACCGUGUUCACUAGGUCCUGAUAACCUCACUUGCAAGUCUUCUCAUAAAAAAACUUAAUUUAAAU